CCCAGACGCAAGAUGUCGGAGCCCCCUCCGUUGCGCGAUUCCUUUUUAGGCCCUAAACCUCCCUAAUCCAGCGACGCCUGGUGCCUUUGCGGUCCUGUGAUUGGUCCUCUAGCCCCGUGUAGGUGCUUGCGCUGCCCUGAAACGCUGCGAGUCUGAGAAUCUCGUCCAUGUGAAGCACAACGGCGGACGGCGCUGCAUUUUCAAAAGUGUGAGAAAAAAUCGGCCGACUCGUCCUUGGCAAUUUAUGUGACGGUGAAUUUUCGUUUCAAUUGUGUUUGGGGGCUUGUUCCCACCGCGCCGUAGUAGUCCCUAAUCAUCUCUCAUCCGCCCGUCUCUUUCUCUACUACGUCUUUUUUUUGUUUCUGCGGCUCGAGAUGCGGUUGUAAACUCUCUUUUUCUCUCUUUCAUUCUUUUUAGCGUGUGCGUUUUUUAACUUCGUUCGUGACGCCGGUCGUCGACAUUUUCAUCUCUUUUACUUGUUCCCGCUCGCUCGAUACCCAGCUGUCACCGAUUAUACACCCACGAGAACAAACCCUGAGGGGACCUGGGUCGAUACGAUGAUGGACCCGACUUUUACGGCGGCGUUGGUGAUAGAUGCGAUUUUCCUUGCGACAGGAUGCAUUCAGUUAGGCUUUUGUCUAGUGGUGCAGUCGCAGCUCGGCACAAAGGGCAACAAUGGGCAGGAUACCGUGCGUAACUUGCUCUACGAGUGGCUUCCGCUGAAGCUCGGCAUCGUCAACGCCGUUUUUAUCUUAUUUACCUUUUUAUUCACAAUCCCUGGUUUCUCUAUGCCUGGUCGGUCGGUUCUCAAAACAAGCAGCUGGAUGGUCAUGUUCUGCGGCCUCUUUACCCUCAUUGUUGGUGUAUAUGUCUGGAUCCUUACGCUCAAGGUCAAGCUGUGGUUUGGGCCCGUCUUUAUGGCGCAGGAUGCCCCUACACAAUCACUUAUUCAGAAAACUUUUAAUUGCUGCGGUUACUUGAACAGCACAUCGCCUGCAUUCAUCACCGACGAGACGUGCCCGAGUCCCGCCGCCGCUGCCCUCACACGCGGCUGCUCAUCUUUUAUAUCAACAUUUGGCAAUACUGUGCUGGACGAAAUCUUCACCGCCCUCUUUGGCAUGGUUGGCGUCGACUUCUUACUCGUCAUGGCCAUGGCCUGUGUGCUCAAGGUCCGCCUGGAACGGGAGCGGUACAGAAUCAUUGAUCAGAAGAAUGGCUUCAAGCCCAUCUAGGCCACUUUGGUCCUUUCCAUUUUAAUUAUUUUACUACAAGAGGCGUGGACGGGUGUUAUUCCGGAUUUCAAUAGGACUCGGCAGUUUUUGAGAGCGUGAGAUUAUUUUAGAGAAGGAUUUUUAAAAAAAAAAUUAUUCAAUGUAUGCUAUGCUUUCCCAAUGCUAUUAAAAAGUGACACAAGAGUUAUUUAAACAUUUCCAAAAAGGAGACAAAAACGCCGUCUAUGCGGGGGAAUCGUUUGCUGUGUCUCUCAAAAACGGCCGUCGGUCGCUAUCUUGGCUUGGUCGGCCGGCAUCUUCAGAGUUGGCAAACGAGUUUCGUCGACUGUCAUUGUUGGCCCACCAUCUGCUCGGUAAGAGGGCAGCAAUAGAUCCAACAAUGGAUGAGUCUCGUCUGCGGCCGCCGCGGCGAGCUACGAGGCCAGGGAAGCCGGUGCUGCGGCGACGGCGGCGGUUAAGUUUCUUGAUCGAGUCGGAGUUGGAGGCGGUUUCCUCGGGGAUGGAUUCGGCGCCAAGAGAACGACGUGAGGAUGUGAGGAGGCUAGUGUUUUCGGUCAUCACAGGCAUGGUGUGAGAGCGGAGGCGGCGUGUAGGUGUAGUAGGGUCUUCUUGGUCUUCGAGUUCGCCCCAAAUCUCAGCAUUCUCAGCCCAGCGGAAGAUCUUCUUCCGUGUCGGUGUGAGGACGGUGCCUUCUGCACUCGUGGUUUCAAAUGUCUGAUAGGUGAUGGUGUCGUCGGUGCCGGGGGCGGCCUCGCCACUGAGAAGCGACUCUUCUUCGCCUUCUGUGUCGUCGACGAGACCGAGACCCGGAGCAAGCGUGGACUGUCCCACGCUUGGUGUAUGUUGCUCUUCGCUUAGACGCCAUGAGAGAGCUAAGACCCCAGAAAGCAGGAUCAGCGUUCCGAGGCUGAUUAUGCAUGCGCGGAGCGUCGAGAUAAAGCCCAUCUGGUCAAAGUAUAUCAAGCCGUCGAGGAUAGCGAUGAUGUUGUAUACGCAGAAAACAAGAGGAUAUAGAACAGAGGUCGAGACCAGUUUCAGCCCCCGGUGCAAAUAAUACAGCUGGCACAGCGCCAGCGAGACGAGCGCCAUCACUAUAGCCCACGCCUCCCAGUGCACAAACUGAUUCUCGCCGCCGAGGGUCUUGAUGACCAGUUCCACUGCUGAUUUGGCGAACAAUAACGAAUGAGCAGAUAAGUCGCCGCUAAUAACACCGUAGACGAUGCCGCGGGCCAGUCUGAAUUGAGAGUUGUGAGAGACGCUUGACAUCUUGUUCACCAAGUCAAUCGUGAUGGCCAGUGCAACAGCAAAUACAGCUUGCAAGAUCAUCCAUAUUAUAAAUGGCUUGCGGCUCAUGAGGACGAGAAGCUCGUCCAAAGAAUGCGUAGGCGAUGGUAUGGCUCCGAAUAUGGCAAUCAGCACGGCGCCGCCAGUGACGAGCAGCGUGCCUGCCAAGCUCCAGCUCGUAAAGGGCUCGCUUAGUAUGAGGGUGGCGCAUAUCGAGUUGAAUACAAGACCGGCAGCCUGUAAUGUCGAGAGAACGGGAAGAGGAAGUGUCGAAAUCUGAACAGAACUGCCCAAAAGAUUGGCAAUGAUGAACAUGCCCAUUCCAAGCUGCCACCGCCUUCGUCUAUAUGGGGGCCGUCGAAUGUCGUGUGGCCCCUUUUCGUCUUCUAAUAUGUGUGAUUUUCGCUGGAGUGUAAGCCCUAAGCUCUGUACGCUCGUCGACAUGAGGCCGACGACGAUUCCAAGCUGCACAAGCACGCAAAGUUAGUUGAGAGCAGCAUGCGUCAUCGACGUCGCGGUACCUACCGCAAUGCUCCCGCCAGGAGAGAGGCCGCUUGACGGCUCCAUUGCGACUUCUAUGAGCGAUAAUUCAUGGAGAGUGUAAAGAUGUCGUGGCGAAGAGUGCGUCUCUCGUCCGUCCGUGGAUGCGUAAAGAAUGUGUUUCGAGGGAUGUGUCGCCACUAGCUCAGUGUUUCAAGCUGUUGGGCGCGCCCCAGCGGUCGUCUACAAGCGCUGUCGGGUAAAAAUAGUAGUCGUCAAGGCGCACGCAGAGAAGUCCAAAAUGCUGCUAUGCUUGCGGGAAUAAAUGGUAAAUGAAAGUCGGCGCAGAUAAUCCCAAGCGAUAUGCAACGUCG